UUCAGAUCGAUCCAUAGAGCUUAUAGGUGUAUUCCACGUCAUCCUCCAGCCGGAAAAGCCGAACCUGACCGGAUUAGCCGAACAGAGGAGGUCAUGAAUGUACGCAACGCAGGAGUAUUCAGCGGCCAUGGCGGCUCGGAAGAACGCGAAGCCGAAUUACCAGUCCCUAUUUAUCUCCAAUAAAUAUAAUUUUUGAUAGAAUUUUGUAUUUUUUUAAUUCUUAUUGAAGAAACCAAUCAAACCAACCAGCAUUUACCUUUUAAAUCAGGAAAUGGGAAAACGGUAUUAUUUACUAUUUUGCUAGGUGAAUGCGAAAAAGGUAAAAUAUACCUUUUUGCUAGGUGAAUUGAAAAAAGGUAUAAUUUACCUUUUUGCUAGGUGAAUGAAAAAAAGGUAAAAUUUACCUCGAAAGAGGGGUGGAAAAAAUUCACCUCGCAAAAAGGCAAAUUUUACCUUUUUUUUAUUUUCCGUGCGUAUUUGAAUCCACAAAAAAAAGUUCAUUCAAACACGACAAUUUAUAAAUAUAUAUGAUUCAAGUUUUUUUUAGUGUUCUCACUGAACUCACAUGUAGAUAGCGCUCAAAAAAGCCUGUUGGCAUUGGUUUGUGUUUUGGCUGUCUGUUUACCGCAUUUCGAUCAGUUGGUCGAGACCGAAAUUGCAUUUUUUGCGCACACGAAAAGCAUUUCAGCUUGAUCUGUGCAGUGUGUCGGACGUGUUUUUGUGUGUUUUCCGUUAUCCUUAAAAAUACGUUGACGAUCGUAUUUUGUAACUUAAAUCUGUUUUUCCAAGUUCAAACGUUUUGCUUAUUGUGCUUAACCGAAACUCUCGCUUCGGCGCAACUUUCCCGCUGAUAAAAAUGGUUGGUGUUGAUUUCGACGCUUUAAACGAAAAAAUCCGUAAGCGGUUGCAGCGUGUUGACCAAGACCCGCUGUCCACUCGUCAGGAUAAGUUGCGAUUGCUGAAACGGUACUUCUCCCAUUUCGUGAAACUGGUCAAGUACGGACGGAUAUUCGAACGUUCUUUUGAAGACCACGUGUGUCUCAUUGUGGAAUACACCACCAAUCGAUGUGACCAGCCGAUUGAAAUAUCUGUUCUUUCAAAUAUAGUUAAAACAUUUUGUGUUGUAUGCAGUAUUUCCGACGUCGCCCACCAGAUCGUGAUUAUAAGCCUCCGGGGGCUGUUGGACAUUUUCGAACGGAUCUCCUGCAAAGAAACGCUUGAAGUAUUAAAAGAUAGUCAAGGACAUUUCAAAAAACUGAUCAGUCAGUUCAAACGAUUCGGUCAUUACGACAUCCAGCGGCUGUUUAUAGAGCUGAUCUUCAGCACAUCACUAUCGUAUGGAUCAGCCGACGAGCGGAAGAAUUAUGUUCUCAAGUUGGGAGCGGUGAUCGGCCGCGACUUCGAGUGGGACACAAUAUUGCAGUGGAAAAAAUCCCGUUUAUCACAGGAAUGUCGCAAGUUUCUGAUGAAUGUGCAGGGUCGAUCAACCGACAGGGACCUAACCUUUUACUCGGUUCCCAUAGUGCACUGUAAGGGCGACGACUGUUCAAUGGUUUCGGAAAGAGGGACCGAAUUGUGGUUGGAUUUUAACUUCCGACCUGCGACGAUUUCAUUUUCGGGGAUGCUAUCUGUAACCAAAACUCAAACUGGAGCCCGGAACGAACUUUGGCUUAAACUCGAAAUUUUGCAGAGCCAUAUAAACUCGAUUGCACUGAUUGAGGAAUCCAUUAAGGAAUAUCUGCUAGAAAUUGAGUACGAAGAAAUUUCGGUUGAUCCUCCAGCUGUGCCGAAACGAGCUAAAGGUAAACUAACCUUCAAACUCGGCAAAGGGUUCGAUAAAGAUCGUUUUAAUCGUGAAAUUUUAAAAGAUGUCCGAACCAAUGCCGAAGCAGAACAAGAAGAUCAGUUUGUUCACAAUUUGGAUUCAUUGCAAAAUAUAUCGCUAUUGGAUUCUCUUAUGUCGGAAGCCAUUGGUCCUCAAAAUACAAACAACUUUGAGCAGUCUCCACGUCUGUUUGAUAAUCGAGAUGCUAUUGAAGAACACCUCAACUUACGCAACCAGCUAAUGCGUGAGGGUGCGCAUGAUGACAGUAACAAAGAGAACCGUGCACCGAAUGAUCUUAAUUUGUGCGAAAAUGUAUCACACAAUAUUCAACGUUUGAGAGUUUUCGAGCCACUGAUAGAAGAUUGCCGGAAUCAACAAAGUGGACAUCAAAGGGUUGCUCGCCAAAACAAACAGCGGGCAGCAACAAGUAAGCAAGUUUUGAAGUCACCCAGUAAAACAACUGAAAAGCGUCCACGAAGGGCUUCCUUGAAAAAACGCAAUUUAUUUUCAAAAAGUGUCGAUGAAAUCGAACUUAAUUCUAGCAAAGACUCUCAAUUACAGCGUAACAAGUACAUUGAAAGCAAACUGGUCAAUGCUGUGAAACCGUUGUCCGCAGAUGUGCAUUCUGAUGAAGAGAACGACAUUGCGGAAAACCAAAGACAACUCAACAAUUCAUCAUCAUCCGACGCUAUGUCAACAGAUGAGUUGGAACGUUCUUUACAGGCUUAUAUUGAAAAUAACGGAGUAUUUGGCAUCGUUCAGCAGAAAAUAUUGGAUAAAAAACUUGAAAAGAAUAUCCGUAAGAUUAACGAGAUGGUGCAAAGAUCGACUCAUCGUUUUUUCAAAACCACCGAAUCCAUUCCUGAGAAUCCAUAUGAUUUCCAUGUAUCUCCCGAUCGCAAGCCGAAAAAUAAACCGGCAAAAGCAGCUAACACUACUACGACUAAAAAGAAGCCUAGACAACCUCGAAAACCGAAACAGGAUGCAACAUUAAACAAAGCAAAUAAAAAUAAUGCGAACAGCUCACGCCAAAAGAAGAAAGUCCAAACUCCAAAAACCGAAGAACCAGUGGAACGCAGAAUACCGCCAUCGCGUGCCAAAAAGCCAGUGACUUUCGUGACUUUGUCCUCGGAAUCGGAGGCAAGUGUCGGUGAAACGAAUCCUGUGAAGAUAUUAACUUGUUCACAAAGAAAUGCGGAAGCUAAGUUUUUCCCACGAAACCGCGGCAAUCAGAUAACAAAAGCAUUAUUUGCGCAUUCUACUCCGGCUGGUGAAGAAUUGGCGCAAUCCCCAAAACGAUUGAAGAAAACCGAUAACCGAAAGGAGGGAAACCCAAAAAGCUUGGCAAAACCUGAACAACCAACUUUGAAAGCGGCACAACAGAACGUUUCUUCCGUCGAAAAAAAGCAGCCCCAAAAAAGGAGAAGCUCACGCAUCGACGUUAGUCAAUGGUUGCUGAAUCAUGAAGCCGAAGCUGUUAUCUCCGACGUAGCGUCCCAGUCCAGUGGUACCCAGAUUUCAAUUUCCUCACCGGAGCUUAGGGCAUUUGGGAAACGAAAGUUCUCGCUGCUGACCGAAUCCAACGUCCGGUUGUUACAAUCGGCCGAAAGUGAACCGUCCACGACGAUUCAUCAAUCUCUGGAAGUGAACCAGAGCAACGAUCAAAAAUCCAUCAGACAAUCGCCUGCGAAGGCAAAACGACCGGCCCCCAAUAGGGAACCACUGGCUAACGUUGGACGAAAUGCGUCUGCAAAAAAACGUCGCACAUCUCUCGAUAGUGAAACCAUGCGCGUUGGAAAUGCCGGCACUUGUCCACCACCCACAAUGGACGAUAACGAUGAACUUGACCUGAUCGGCAACAGCAUCAAAUCUAUGUCUACUUGUUAUCCGGAACUGGAAACGAUAGUGGCCGAUAAUCGUAAACCGACUAAAAGCCAAAGUACCACUAAAAUGGCCAUACGUAACGUGAUAGUGAAGACCGAGCAAAUCUCUCCUUCCUAUCAACCGACCAUGGAAAACGGGUUGGAUUUGUCCCCGCGCGUAAUGGAUGAGCAAAUUAUAAGCCAGUUCAAGGAGAGACUGGGCAAUAAGCUAAACCCCGCCAUAGCUGAGCUUGAAAAGAAGGCUGCUAAGCUAGAUGCAACACCACGAUUGUUGGCCCGUAUUCAAACGGAAAUGAACGAUAAUGGUUUUGACGAGAAGCUGAACGAAAUUGAAUCGGCAGAGCGAAAUUUGGAUCGGCUUUACAGGGAGCUUUGCGCGAUGGGUGAAGAAUGGAUUGCUAGAUCACAACAGGGUAAAGCGACGGUUCAAAAACUCAGACAAUAUGAUGAAUCAAGGCGGAUGUACUACUUCGAACAGGCAAAGGCCGCACUUUCAGAAAUUACGGAAAUUUCGGAUGAAUGUGCGAAAACAGUCUGGAAUGAACGGAUUCGUUGCCGAGCUUCCGAGAUGGAAGCUUUGUUUAACGAGAUGAUGUUCUGAAAUCGUAUUUUUUUCUUUUGUUCCAACUAUUGUGAAUUACAUUACACUGAUAAUUGAAAGAUUUUAUUCCAGGUGCAUUUAAUGAAUUACGCACAGAAAUUCUUCAUAAAUUGUAAAAUUAACUAAGAAGACACAGAAAAUAAUAUAUAAUUAAGAUUUCGAACUACAGAUAUGAUUUGAAAAAAAAAAUCCGUUUACUGUUAGUUGAACAUAUUAUAAAAUUAUGUUUAAAAUGCUGCAGCGUUUUCACCAAUGAGCUAUUCAAAUACCAUGUAGGUAUACAUCCUUUCAAAAGACCAUUAGAUUCAACAUAGGUACUUUUAAUAUUGUGAGUAUAAUUCAAAAAUUUCAGUGUCUGUGUAUGUUUUAAGGAAAAACAGAGCUAAGCUGAAUUCUGUU